UCCCAAAUACGCUUUUUUAGCGGCCACGACGUAACAAAUUCAAAUUUUUGGUGAGAAUUUCAAAUUUCAUUGUUGUUGUUGGAACAUCGACGGUUGCACUGAAAUAUUUCAUUUUCACCAUUUGAACCAUUCGCCUAUACGCCUAUGUCUAUGCAAUGCUCAUCACAUGGAUCUAAUUUCAUGAAAACUUCGUUUGCGAACUUUCAGAGCAAGUGCACAACCUCGCUCUACAACAGUACUUUUUGUAGUGCUCCAUGAUUUUCUUCCAUUUAAAAUAGUUUAUUUUACUCGUUGAAAUCACUUCAACCAAAUUCUGUUUGUCUUUUUUAUUGUUUUAUGGAACUACCUAAUUGGACUGAUGAAACUAAUAAAAUACCUCAAAUUUUCUAAUUUCUUUUUCUAAAGAACACUACAAAUGAAACUAGUUGUAAGGAUCUCUUUCCAUUUGAAGAUUUUGUUAAACGUCAUCUUGUUUGACCAGCGUGAUACACACUAUGCUGCGCUGCUGUCAUUCUAUCCGAAAACGGAUCCGUAAACAAACAAUUCUGAACUGCGGACAACAAGUUUAUUUUUCCUUUCAUCAUUGUUAAAGUAUUCGUAAAAAGAUCUUUCACAUUUUCAUCGGAAUAGCAUGCUUUUGUAGCUUUUGUGCCCAAUUCGUGAACAUCAAUAAUCAUUUGUUCACACUACCCCGGUUUUUUAAGUGGUGCUCCGUAGCAAUUGUUUAAGCUAGUUGUCGCUCGAUUCCAUACCAUGACUACCGCUGUAAUGAUGGAUUACGAUUUUAAGAUGAAAACGCAGCAGGAACGAGCGAAAGUGGAAGAUCUGUUUGAAUACGAAGGUUGCAAGGUAGGUCGCGGUACGUACGGACACGUGUACAAAGCACGGCGCAAGGAGGGCAACGAUACGAAGGAUUAUGCGCUUAAACAAAUCGAGGGAACCGGUCUGUCGAUGUCCGCUUGCCGUGAGAUUGCAUUACUUCGCGAAUUGAAACAUCCUAAUGUGAUUAAUCUCAUCCGAGUGUUUUUAUCGCACACGGAUCGCAAAGUGUGGCUGCUGUUCGAUUACGCCGAGCAUGAUCUGUGGCACAUAAUUAAAUUUCAUCGAGCGGCCAAAGCCACGAAAAAACCCGUCAUGGUACCGAAAGGAAUGGUGAAAAGCUUGCUUUAUCAAAUAUUGGAUGGAAUUCAUUAUUUACACAGCAACUGGGUCCUGCACAGGGAUUUGAAACCGGCAAAUAUUUUGGUGAUGGGAGAAGGAAACGAACGUGGCCGAGUGAAGAUUGCCGACAUGGGGUUUGCCCGUCUGUUCAAUGCACCGCUUAAGCCGUUGGCCGAUCUCGAUCCGGUAGUCGUCACCUUCUGGUAUCGUGCGCCAGAGCUGCUCCUGGGUGCCCGGCACUAUACGAAAGCGAUCGACAUAUGGGCAAUUGGUUGCAUUUUUGCUGAACUGCUUACAUCAGAACCAAUUUUCCACUGUCGGCAGGAGGACAUCAAGACGAGCAACCCGUACCAUCACGAUCAGCUGGACCGUAUAUUCAACGUGAUGGGCUUUCCACAGGACAAAGACUGGGAGGAUAUUCGUAAGAUGCCGGAACAUCACACACUCACGAAAGACUUCAAGCGUUCAAACUAUGCGAGCUGUUCCUUGGUGAAAUACAUGGAGCGACAUAAGAUCAAGCCAGAUAGCAAAGCAUUUCAUCUGCUACAAAAGUUGCUCUUGAUGGAUCCGAACAAACGUAUCACGUCGGAACAGGCCAUGCAAGAUCCAUACUUUUCAGAAGAUCCAAUGCCGACAGCUGACGUAUUUGCCGGAUGUCCGAUUCCGUAUCCCAAACGUGAGUUCCUCACCGACGAGGACCAGGAUGAUAAAGGAGAAAAACGGCAGCAGCAGCAGCAGCAGCAGCAGCAACAACAACAACAACAACAACAACAACAACAACAACAACAACAGCAGCAGCAGCAGCAAAACAAUCAACAACAGAACAAUCAGCAACAAAAUCAACAGGGAAAUGUACGAGCACAACAGCAGCAACAACAGCAGCAGCAGCAGCAACAGCAACAACAGCAGCAGAAUCAACAAAACACGCAACAACAACAGUCAGGAAAUCAAAUGCAACAAGGUGGUGGCGGAGGAGGAGGAGCCGGAGGUGCAGGUGGAGGAAGUGGCGGUGGCCAAAGUGGUGGAGGUGGGAUCGAUCACAACAAUGCCAAACGUGUACGGCUUUCUGGUCCGAACGGACAUCCAAACAAUUCGCAGGGUGGAAUGACCCAACAAGAGUAUCAUCAGCAGCAACAACAACAGCAGCAACAACAGAAUCAAAUGAUGUUCAACAAUGCUCAGCAAGGUGGAUUCCAGCAACGGUAUUAAUUAUGUUGCAUAAGUAUACAAAAUACAUACUCUUACUUGAUACAAAGCUGAGCUCUCUUCGCUCAAGCGGAUAUUUGGAGUAUUGUGUUUCUAAUUUAUUAACUACAAGCAUAUCCAACUAGAGAGAUAUUAAAUGAUGGAUAUUGUC